ACACUCCUUUGGAUUUGAUAUCUCUUCAAUCUUCUUUCCUUAUUACCAUUCACUCAUUACCCAUUCCCUAUUCCCUAUUCCCUAUUCCCUAUGUAUGUAGCACUUUUCUUUUUGCAUCAAUAUCCAAUGCCAAUAUAAAAAUUUCUAGAAGGGGUUUGGACCCGGACAAGGAAGCUACUUGGAAAGUUCGGGGAAACCUUGCUAAUAUUUUGAUACCAUCAUCCGAACGAAAUAUGAAAAUCUUACCAAAAUAAUGCAAAGCCUCAACUCCUAGAAGCAGAUACGACUCUGUACAAAUCCGAAUGCAACCUCAAAAGGAGCUGCCACCAUAAAAUACAUGGUACACUCGAAAAAUCUAUUACUCUAUUGACUACCUAGUACUCUUGAGCUAUCAGGAAGGAUUGAUCAUAUCUUUUGGGCUGAAUAGCUCGAAAAUAGUCCCGCCUAGCGAAGAAGCAUAAGAGUCUAUUAAAAGCACUACCCAUAGUCAGUAAUAGUAGUAGUAUUUGGCAAAAGCCACUGACUUCUGAGCCACCCCAACCGAGAGUCUGUGGAGGAACACUUGCCUGGAUGAGUAUAGUUUGGCGUCAUUAAACUUGACCGUCUCCAAAGUAACCGGCUGAUGGUAUCCAGUAGCAAGUCAAGAUCGUACCUACCUCAGACACUACUACGUAUUGCUAUCAGACCUUAUCCCGAUUGUUCGAAAGAGCUUCCUCAAGAUGGGGAAGGGAGGAGAGGGUUUGGCAGUUGGCGUAUCUCAAGACUCGUGAAAGAUCAUAGAGGAGUAGCGGUCCUAGUGUAUCUAUCAUCAGUGUCAAUCGAUGAUGCCAAGAAUUGGACAUAUCUGAAGAUUCUAGAUUCUUGUGGGUUGAAGAUUCAACACAGAAUAAAUGGAUCGAUUCCUAUUCAAGUUCCCACCCAUCAACAUUUCUAUUGCCGAAAUUUGGUUGUAAUGGCUAGACUGAACAGUGAACACACACAUAUUUGACAGCAAUGCCCAAUGCCCAAUGCCGAGAACUGGAGAUUCUGAACAUCCAAGUGGAUCUCCUAGCCAGCAUCGCCAGGGAGGAAAGAUCUCAAGAGGGGUUGGGAAUAGGGGACCUAUGAUAGCUCCAGGUACAAGAGUCAAGUCUCCACUCUACUUGACCGACGAGACAGAUAGAGUAUGAAGCAUGACAGCUUCAUGCAACGAGAAUCCAUUAAAAAAUCUAGAAAAGUCCUCGAAAACCUAGAUUCAUGCAAAAGUUCUUCUCGGGCAUUGACAGAUUAAUUGUAAUCCAUUAUUCAGAAAAUACUGACCUGGUGGUUGUUUUCUUGGGAUGAAUUAGACAAGUACAUACUCUCCUACCUAACCUUACCGACUAAUCGAUUAUUGUAAGGCCAAAAUCCUGCCUAGUUCUUAUCAAGCUUUCAUCAAAGCUUUAUCAGUCAAUUAGAUCUACAGCCUUGUACAUCACAAUCAAACAAAUUCAUUCCCUUCCAUCCAUCAUACUAUCAUCCCCACGCAUCGAAUCGUAAGCUUGAACUCAAUCUCCGCUAUCCAAUUUCUCUAUCGAUUCAAACUUUACCGACGUCAUUACACCUUCAUCUUCCAUUCCGCCUGUUCCACUGCCAAAGGUUCCGCGAAACAUCCGCAUAUUUCGCGAUUUCCCCGGGCACCAUCAAUUACCAUCCCUUGCUUCACAGGUACAUCUCGCGCAACUCAUAAUACGCAACCCGAAAACAAAAUGACGACGAUCAAUUCCCCUCCGGAAGACGUUAAGAUGGAGGAUGGUACCAGGCUAGCCCCUUCUGUAUCUGGGGAGAAUGAGGAACCAAAAUUUGGAGGGUUUACAAGGUUUGAAAUCGAACUUGAGUUCAUAAAUGCCAUCUCAUCGCCCUACUACCUAAUGCACCUAGCCUCCCUCUCCUCUGGCACUCUCCUCAGCUCCCCACCAUUCAUCGCCUACCUCAAAUACUUACAAUACUUUACCCAACCCCCAUAUCUCAAGUUCCUCUCCUAUCCUGGACCUAGUCUGAGACACCUAGAAUUAUUACAAAAUGAGAAUUUCAGAAGGGAUUGUUUGAGUAUAGAUGUCAUAAGUAUGCUCGCCAGUGAGGAUAUGGCAGCAGUAGAGAGGUGGCAGAGGGAAUGAUGCAGUGGAGGGAACGGAGAAAUCACUAAGUCAUCAAUCUUCCAUAUGUAAACCCAUCAGGCUUGAUUGCGAGAGCAUCUGUUUUCAAACGGCUUUGCGUUCGCUCGCUUUGUAUCAACAGAUCCAUUAUAGGACAGAUGCAGAUCUGACUCGCGCUCCUCCGCGUCUUAAAGGCCACCAAUACCGCUAGAGGAAGGUUUACCAGUAGUGAGUUGAAGUGUUGGGACAUCAGGCUUACCCGAAGUCAUUGUCGAUGAGGGAAAAGUGUUUUGCGAUAUACCAGGAGUUCUAGGCUUGAGAUACGAAGUAUUUGAAUACAUCGAAGUUGUUACGUUGGAGAAUGAGUAUGACUGAGAAGU